UUUGCCGUUGUUGCUAUUAUUUUAGUAUAAAUAAUAAUUAAGUAUUAAUUCUCAUUGUAUUUAAAAUUAUAAUUGCAAGUUACAAACGAUUCCUUCAAAGGCGUUACCGUAGCUUGGUUAUCAUGCGUACUGGAUUUUAGGCGUGUGCGUCAAGCAUUCAGAAUCAGUAUCCGUCAGAGGAAAUGUAUAUUUCGUGAUAAAGUACGGUAGAAUAUAUUAUAACCGAUAGUGCCGGAGUAUUAGAUGUGUUUAUGUAGUGUUUUAUUUUCGUUUCAAAUAUCUCGCAUUAUUUUCCCGCUGUAUUUUAAGAUUAUGAACUAUAAUUUUAGCCUUUAAUGACAAACUUACAGUUGUAGGUAACUGACUUGGUUUUUCAUUAAGUGGAUUAACACGAUUUUAUUUUAAGGUUCAGUAACAAAUGUCAAAUAAAUGUAGAAGACAAUACGAGGCUUUCAUCUUUAUAAAAAGUAGCAUAAUAUAACAAAGAUAUCAGUAUGCAGACAAUAAAGUGUGUCGUAGUGGGAGAUGGGGCUGUGGGUAAAACUUGUCUCUUGAUUUCAUAUACUACAAAUAAAUUUCCAUCAGAAUAUGUACCCACAGUCUUUGAUAAUUAUGCGGUAACAGUAAUGAUAGGUGGUGAUCCGUACACUUUGGGAUUAUUUGAUACUGCUGGACAGGAGGAUUAUGAUAGGCUUAGACCUUUAAGCUAUCCACAGACAGAUGUAUUUCUUGUGUGUUUUUCAGUGGUAUCACCGUCUUCUUUUGAAAAUGUUAAGGAAAAGUGGGUACCCGAAAUAACGCAUCAUUGUCAGAGGACUCCGUUUCUACUUGUUGGUACUCAGAUUGAUUUAAGAGACGAUGUUGCGACUAUCGAGAAAUUGGCAAAAAAUAAGCAGAAACCAAUAUCGGCAGAGCAAGGCGAGAAGCUGGCUAAAGAGUUGAAGGCAGUAAAAUACGUAGAAUGUAGCGCGCUUACACAAAAAGGAUUGAAGAAUGUGUUCGACGAGGCUAUCUUAGCUGCACUGGAACCGCCAGAACCAGUGAAGAAGAGGAAGUGUAUACUCUUAUAAAAAGAGUAUUAAUUUGGAGAGAGAAAGAGAGAGAUGCACGUUCAGAAGAGGAAAACAAAGCGAUGAGUAAAAAACAGCAAGCGGCGAAUUUUAUACGUAGUAUAAAGCACUGUUAAAAAAAUUAAAAAUCGUGCUUACAUGGUUCCUUUUUUGGAAAAACAAAUAUUAAUCUUCGGAAACACGUUAAGAGCCGCUAAUAUUACAGCGCGACAACUUCAACCGUUUUUCUUUUUCAUACGAUCAUACUAAAAUCGCGACCACAUUCCACGCAAUAUAAAAUUUCUAUCGGCUUUUCGAGAUUUUUCUUAAACGCAUGCUGCACAAACAUUUUCUAAUUUAUCAAGCUUUGCAUAGAAAAUUUUAUAUCGUUUAAAAAUUUCGAUAAUAUCUCUAUUAGAAGAAUUGCUGCUAUCGAUUAAUAGUAUUUUGUGUUUCGUACAUCGUCACGGCAAAGAAUCAAUCAAACUUUUCGGAAAAAGAAAAUCAAAGUGUUCGAUUUUAAUAUACCGGAUUAAAUUGUAUCUUUCUAGCUAAACCAGUAUUAGAAACUUUACGAAUGUAUAGACUAUGAUACGCUAUAGAUACGUUGUUUAGGUACUUCCGAUUGCACGUAACGAAAGAUACGAAAACACGUUACCGACGUUUCUUUUUUUCGAAUAAAUUUUCAAACACGCGAUAACAAUUUCGAAAAUUUUAUGCGGCAGCUACGUGUGACAGAAAAUUUCCGUAGAAGCGCGUUGCUUUCACCGAUUUAUUAUACCUGAUUUUGUACAUAUCAGCGUUCGUUACGGUACGGACUGGUACGAGAAACGAAAACGACUGAGGGAGGAGGGUGGUUAUAAUCGGGAUUUAUACUUUGUAAAAUUCAAUCAACAAAUUCGUUGGUAGGCGAUCUUGUAAGAGCGAUUGCAACGUUCGAUAGGUAGUACACGCGAUUAGAUAAGCGAAAGCACAAUGGACUGGUCGAGAGAAGCGUCGAGCUCGUUCUUCGUCGCUCGCACGCUUAAUUACUAUGAUAGUUAUAUUGAACGAACAUAACUGUAUUAUUCGAUAAACGAAGAAUCGAUGCCUAACGUUUUCUUUUUAUUUUUUUUAUUUUUUUUUUUUCAUAAACUUUAACGUUACGUAAACUGGAUACGCGUGCAGCGAUAAGUCUUGAACGAACGAUCGAGAACGUCUGUCAAGAAACUUAGCGAUCGAUCGAUUUUCACACGCGGCGUCCAAUUAAGAGAGGUGGCAUUUAUUAACACUAUUCGUGUCACGAUAUGUAGACACAAUCGCAUUAUGAAAUAUUCACAUAAAUAUAUUUAUACUACGCAUAAAGAUGUUUUCUCGUUAUUUGGACGUAUUAUUCUCCCCGGAAAGAAUUUCAAUCGGCAUGCACGGUGGUUUCACGUUUCGUCGUUCCGUGGAUUUUCUCGUUUAGAAAGUAAUGGAGAUCCGGAAAGCGCAAGGUAUGCUCGGUAUUCCUUGGCUCUGAAUCGGCACGUGCGAACGGAAAUGUAGGGUGCAGAGAGACAGAAACGGGAGGUAGUCGUUGUACGCGAGUACACGUACACAGUUUGCCCACCGUGGUUCGUGCGAACCGUUCUCUCUUUUAUUUUUAUUUUCCGUUUCCUUUGUCCUCUUUUCCUUUUAUUUUCUUCGUUGCUUUUUUUGUUUUUUUCUUUUCCUUUAACUCGACUGCUCUUUCUCCGUCUGACCGCGGUGUUCGUACAGUCGGUUUGCUCGAUUGCAUUGCCUGUGUAGCGUUGCGCCUUGUGGUUACUUCAAUUAGGUGGAUUCGUGGUUACGUAUCGACGUACUGGAGCAACUUGAGCACGCCGACACAAAAGGUACACCAGUCACGGACUCAUCACGGACGUGCCUCCGUGCUGCCUUGACAUUAUCGCUAAUCACCUCGAAUCGAUUCUCGUAUCCACGAGAAAGAGAGCCGAGUUAUGCAUCAGCCGACCAAUUUUCUCCAUAAUCGAGCGCGAUAGCAACGCUGACCAAUUAGUCUAAGUUGCAAAAAAAAA